AUGUCCUCCGACCAGCCACGUCACCGCUUCGAUCCGACUCCGGUCGAGACAUCUUCCAAGUCAAAUCGUCAAGCUGCACAAUCAGACGAGAAUGUUGCUCCCCGAAGGUUUAAUGUCCAACCCGCCGAGACCACGGUACGAAGCAGCAAAGACACCAACACCAAUGGUCAAGCUGCCACUCAAUCCCCGCCGAGACGCUUCAGACCAACGCCCGUCGAGACAAGUAAAAAGAGUUCUCGGGAAACACAACAGUCUCAACAGCCUGCCAGAAGGUUCGCGCCCGAACCUGUCGAGACCAGUGUGAAGAGCAGCAAAGACAAAGAUCAAUCACCACAACAACCCGCCAGAAGAUUCGCUCCUGAGCCUGUUGAGACAAGUACAAAGAGCAACCGACAGUCAGAUCCGCCGGCAGAGAAGCCCAAAUCACGCUUUCUGCCACAGCCCAUAGAGAUGACGUCUAACAGCAACCGCGGAAAGUCAAGGUCCCCUCAAACGAACUCCCCUGCAACAAAUUCUCCUGCCACAAAAUCUCCUCAGACAAAGUCGCCUCCGAACGAGGCAGUAUCUCCUUCAUCACAGCCUCAAGACGCCCCUGUGCAAAAGCCAAAACGUAAAUUCGCUCCCCAGCUGAUCGACACAUCAAGUCGGACUCGAAAGAACUCGGACGAGAAGCCUUCUUGGAAUUCAAACCACCGGACCGACAUGUCGCCUGGAGAGGAGACCAGAGUCGCAUACAACAACUUAGGUCAGCAGAUCACUAUCGCCAACCGCGAGGAGACCACUCCACCGACCGAAUAUCCCCGCUUUAUCAUGCCCUUUGCACGCCGAAAAGAUCGAUCCGACUCGGCUCGCAGUCAUUCGUUCCGUAUGCCUGAGCUCGAGACCAUCGAGAGCUCUGAAAGUGAGCCUAGUGCCCCACCUAGUCUUUCCACCAGUCCUUCGUCCAACGACUUCUCGCUCGGAGCCGCCAUGGAGCCAAUCAGCAAUCCUGCAUACAAGCACGCUACGAGAAUUCGUGAGAGCGUUGACGAGACGUUCAGUCGCUACCUUCUCGAGCUUGAAGGCAGGAAGACUCAAGCGAAACUCCAGGAACAAGCACUUGCGGCUUUCCCCAACUCGGAUAUCCACGAGCCCGUCGCGCAUUUCAUGAAUGGUGAGAGCGAAGAUGAAGACGAGGAAAUGGACGACCGCCCAGCGACUUGGGAGGGCCACGAUGAGGACGAUUAUAUGAUCCGUACACCACACGGUCGCGGCUCGACUCAUGGGACAUAUGAGGUUCGCGAGAUGCAUCAGCACUUCGAGGAAAUGGAGCAAGAGCGUUUGGCUGCUGGUACAACGAGAAGAAAGUCGUCUGUGAAGCCCUCGCCAUGGUGGAACCCCGGAGGUCAUGAUUUCGCUGGCUCUAGGAUGCCUGAUAAUGAGGCACGAGCAAUGCGUGAUAGAGCACGUCCGCCUAUGCUUGGUGCCGAUUUGAAGUUCCCUCGUUCCGCAUCACCAGAUGCUGCACGUUUCGACGUCACUCAAGGGUCCAACCAGUUGCGUAGUCAAAUGUGCUACCUCACUGAACAGUCCCAAAUAGAAGUGUCACCGGAAGGUCUUUGGGGCGGCAAAAAGGAAUCGGGAGAUCCUUCCCAGCAUCAAAAGAGCGUGCAGAAGAGUCAAAACACCAUAUACAGCCAGAAGAGCACAACUUCGCAGAAUGGUGGUGGACUUUGGGGAGGUUUCUGCGUGGAUGAUCAAAAGUCUGGCGAUAAUGGUCUUGCUCCUCCAACAGCAGGCACCCAAACUGGUCUGAUGACACCGGCUGUUGAACGUCCAAAUCCGUUUGAGGGCCCCUUCAGCCAACCACCCCCAAUGAUCUUGCCUCAAACACCACCGGAGAAUAUGGACUUCAACAGGAUUGACAUCAUCUUGAGCGAAGACCAAGAUCUCGACGAAAUGAUGGAGCGCGAAUUCCCUGACUCUUUCAUCACUCAGGUAUACAACUACCUCUCUUUGGGUUACCCAACUAUCGCUCGGGCCUACGACGAAGAGUUGUGCAAGAUCAGCCACAUCCCCAUCUCCGACCUUCGACAUGACGACGAGAUCGCCAAGAAAAUGCCUCGUGGCUACAUUCGACUGGGCGAGGAUUUCGAAGGCAGAGACGAUGGUUCGGAUCAAUUACUUGAGGAGGGUGGGUGUGCGAGAUGGACAGCACUCAAGAAGUAUAUCCGGGAAUGGGCACGCCAAGAGAAGGACAUGGUCAAGACCGGUUCUUCAGGUACGGGGCUUGGAGGUAACUGGGGCACUGGAGCUAGAAGGGGUAGUUGGGCAUGGUAG